AUGGACUCUUCUCAGAUGGAUUUGGAACGCAAAAUCCAAUCUAGAAUAGAGGCUAGUCUCGAGGGUGUGAGAGAAGAGUUUGCAAAAACCACAAACAAAAUCCAGAAAUUGAAGGCCGAUAAAGACUUUACAUGGUUUAGAGAAGGUAAUAGAAUCCAGUACAAUUUUAACACAGAGACACUUGAGGCCUUUCGUCAGAUUGAAUUUGGACUAGAGUAUGAAAAGUUAGACUACUUUAAAGAAGUUGUGCAGAGCGAGGUAUCCAGGAUAGAGAAUCGUAAUAAGUUGAUAAGAAUAGCUGAUUCUUCCGAAGCUGGUUGGGAGACGGUACGUCACUACGUGUCACGUGAUUUGGCCGAGAACUCUGAUGAUGACAGGCUAUCAAGAAGAUCAAGGCCAAGAAUCUGCGAUCUUCACGUGGACACCCGUAUAGGACGAUAUCACGACCUACAUUCAGUACCCAGUCCGUGCAGACCGGUGGAAGUGCGACGCACGCUGAUCCUUUGUCUACUGGGACUCAGCUUUUUCGUGGCCGGGGAGGUCAAAGGUCUGGAGCAUGCUUUCACUGCGGUGACUUCUCACACUGGCGUAGGAAUUGUCCCCUCUACGUCAGCAAACAUGCCACGUCGGACAGACAGAGUUCAGCCUGAUCAGAGUGGUUCUGCUGAUACGAAAGUUAAGUAUCACAGUUUUUGGCAAUCUCUCAAGGUUCUAUCAGAUAAUCUGAGGUUAACAACAGAUUAUUACGAGUAUGAACAAGGACAGGCAGAAAUUGUGGUAAAAGGCAGAUUGAAAGAAAAUAUUUCAUUUUGGAAGUUUAUCAAUGCAAGUGAUUUUGUUAUUGCCAUCAUUGAUAAUGGCUACAGAAUCCCUUUUUAUUCAUCCCACCAGAUAAUGGACAGACGAAAUAACAGAUCAGCGCUGUGCAAUGGUGACUUUGUAGAAAGUGCUAUUCGUGAUUUAGUCAAGAAAGAUGUCUUUGAGAUUGCGUACGCUGAUGACAUUCAUAGCCUUUCGGGCCCAGGCAGAGAGUUGGUUAGUAGAAUUCCAGAACUUUUGCAAUUUGCACGAGCUGAUUCAACUAAUAAGAAAUAUGAUUAUGGAAUGCAGAGAUCUCAUGCAAGAGAUAGAGACCAGUGUCCAGCAUUUGGAAAGAAAUGUACAUAUUGUCAUGGCAUGAACCAUUUUGAUAUCAAGUGUAAACGUAAGAAAGUGAAAAGCAGACAGAAAGGAAACAGGCGACAGCGAGUCAGUGCUGUUGAAGAUCUCUCCGCUUCUGAAUCAGAGAGUGAGUUAGGAGACUAUGCCUUGAGUCUUGAAGAAUCUAUCCUGUCUGUGAAUGAUAACCCUCCUAAGAAACUGUUUGCUCAGAUGAAAGUCAACAAACAGAAUGUGAAGUUUCAACUUGAUUGUGGUGCAACCGUGAAUGCUAUGCCAGUCUCUUUGUUCAGGACAAUAUUCCAUGGAAAGGAAGAGAGGUUUGAUCCUUACAACACUCCACUGAUACUCUACAACAAUACAAAAAUGAACACUAUUGGAAAAACCCAGAUUUCUGUAGUGAAUCCAAGGAAUUGUGAAACCCACAUACUUGAAUUCAUCAUAGUUCAGGAUGAAGUUAGACCUGUUCUUGGCGCACAGGCAGUCCAAGAGAUGAACCUGAUUACAGUCAACUUCGACAACAUAAUGUCGAUUUCCAAAGACAAUGUAAUCGAAGAGUUUUCUGAUGUCUUCAAUGGGGAAGGAAAGUUAGAAGGGACCCUCAAACUUGAGAUAGAUCCAAAAGUCUCUGCAGUGAAGACUCCUUUGAGGAAAACUCCAAUAGCUAUUAAGCCUAAGCUCAAGGCUGAACUGAACAGAUUGGAAAAGCUCGGAGUGAUACAGAAGGUUGAUGUACCAACUGAGUGGAUUUCGUCAAUGGUAGUGGUCAUGAAAAGUAAUGGACGUCUACGUGUCUGUUUAGACCCACAACCUCUCAACAAAGCUUUAAAGAGAAAUGAUUACUCAAUGUCAACAAUUGAUGAUGUCUUGCCUGAACUGUCAAAUGCAAAACUCUUUACAGUGGUUGAUGUCAAAAAUGGAUUUUGGCAUGUGUGCUUGGAUGAAAACAGCAGUUAUCUAACCACAUUUGAUACCCCAUGGGGAAAAUUUCGGUGGAAAAGAAUGCCCUUUGGUAUCUCACCUGCCCCAGAGGAAUUCCAGAGACGACUCGAUGAUGCAUUGGAAGGUCUUCAUGGAGCUAAAGCUAUUCAUGAUGACAUCAUCAUAUAUGGAUCAGGCAGCAAUAUGGAUGAAGCAACACAAGAUCAUGAUGCAAAUCUCAAAGCUCUCCUCCAAAGAUGUCGGAUGAAAGGCAUCAAACUGAAUUUCCAGAAACUGAAAUUGAGACGAACUGAAGUUACCUAUCUAGGUCAUGUGAUAUCAUCAGAAGGUCUAAAAGUUGAUCCUUCAAAAGUUGAGGCAAUCUUGAAAAUGCCACCUCCAACUGAUAAACAAGGGAUACAACGUCUGUUGGGACUUAUCAAUUUUGUGCAGAGGUUUGCUCCACAGCUGUCGGAAGCAACUGCACCUUUCAGAGAUUUGCUCAAAUCAGGUGUUGUAUUUCGCUGGAAUGAUGAUAUUCACACCAAAGCCUUUGAUGAAGUGAAGAAGAUCUUGUCUGCUAAACCAGUUCUGAAGUAUUUCAAUCCAGAGGCUGAAACCGUGUUGCAAUGUGAUGCAUCGGAAAAAGGUUUAGGGGCUUGCCUUAUGCAGAAUGAUCAUCCAAUCAUGUAUGCAUCGCGAGCACUCACUGAGACUGAAACAAAUUAUGCUCAGAUAGAGAAGGAGCUACUCGCCAUUGUGUUUGGCAUGGAGAAGUUUGACAGAUAUGUGUAUGGGCGACAUGUGAAGAUAGAAUCUGAUCACAAGCCUCUAGAGACUAUCUUGAAGAAGAGUCUCCACAAUGCUCCGAAGCGCUUGCAGAGAAUGAUGCUACGCUUACAACGUUAUGACUUUGAAGUGGUUUACAAGAAGGGUUCUUUGAUGGUCAUGGCUGAUACCCUCAGUCGUGCCUUUCUACCACAAAUGUCAAACCAGUGGAAUCAAGAUGCUCACUGUAUCAUGAUGGUAGACAGUCGAUCUCCAGCUGAAAUAGAUGUCGAAUCAAUCGAUAUGGUGAGCUAUGUUCCAAUAUCAUCACAAACAUUCACUCAAAUAUCCAAAGCCUCAUCUGAAGAUAGAGAAAUCCAAGCAGUAGCUGCAGUCAUCAUAGAGGGAUGGCCAGACAAUAGAUCUGAUCUCUCAACUGUGGUUCAGCAAUACUUCAACUAUAGAGACGAACUGUCAUUCCAGAAUGGUGUAGUCUUUAAAGGUGAACGUGUGGUAGUGCCUAAAGCUGAACGACACAACAUCAUGGUCAAACUACACUCUAGUCACUGUGGAAUUCAGAAUUCUCUUAGAAGAGCAAGAGAAGCUGUGUUUUGGCCCAAUAUGAAUAGAGAUGUGAAGGAAUUCAUAAACAAGUGUGAAAUCUGUGCCUGUUACAAUGAUGAGCAGCAGAAAGAACCAUUAAAAAGUCACAGUCUGCCAAGCCGUCCCUGGGAGAAAGUAGGAGUCGAUUUGUUCGACUUUGAGGGGAAAGACUUUCUCAUAACGACCGACUAUUACUCAGACUUCUUCGAAGUAGAUAGACUACAUGAUAAGACAUCAAAAACGGUCAUCAGGAAGCUGAAGCAGCAGUUUGCCAGACAUGGUAUUCCGGUUCAGGUCAUGUCAGACAACGGACCACCAUUUGGCUCCAAAGCUUUUGCAACGUUUGCCAGAACUUUUGAAUUUGAACAUUGUACAAGCUCUCCGCGCUAUCCACAGUCCAACGGGAAAGUUGAGAACUCAGUGAAAGUGGCCAAGAGAAUAAUGAUAAAGUCAAGGAAAGCUGGCACGGAUCCCUAUUUGGCACUCCUCGAUUGGCGGAACACACCUACAGAACACAUGGAAAGCUCCCCAGUUCAGCGACUCUACAGCCGAAGAACACGCACUUUGCUGAGUUUGUCAGCCAAACAACUGUCACCUAAGGCAGUUAAUUCAGUCCCAAAGAAGCUUUGGACUAGAAAGGCAAAACAGAAGAAAUAUUAUGACAGAAAUGCCAAGACCCUCCCAGAGCUAAAACCAGGUGAGACAGUCGUAAUGAAGCCGUAUGGAGGAGAAAAGGAAUGGAAAAGUGCUAAGGUGAAAGACAAAGUGGGAAUAAGAUCUUACUGUGUCGAAACUGAGGAAGGGAUGCAGUAUAGGAGAAAUCGCAGACAUCUCCGAGGUCCGAAACAGGUCAGGUUUCAACCUAACAUCUCGGAUCCAGUCGACAAUACAGUCCCAGCAGAGAAACAGAACAUAACAGAGCCUGAGAUCAAACCGGGCCCAGAACAGUCAACAACCAGUAGCACACAGAGCUGUCCUACCCAGACACGAAGUGGCAGACAGAUCAAGCCACCCCAGUAUCUUAAGGACUAUGUGACUGGCUAA